UCAACAGCAGAGGCAGCAGAGACAGCACUGUCUGAUCUGAACUUGAUUCUGUUGGGGCACCUGUGAGCAGCUGGCAGGCCCCUGGCCAGGCCCCCUUCCUUCUCCUCUCUUGGCUGAUGGAUCCUAAGUGGCUCCUUUCCUUGAGCCUCCUGCUGUUAUUUUCCCUGGCUUUUGAACUGAGCUACGGAACAGGUGGAGGUGAUAUGAACUGCCCAAAGAUUCUCCAGCGAUUGGGAAGUAACACAUUGCUGCCGCUAACACAUGAACAGAUAAACAAGAGCAUGAACAAAAGCAUCCGCAUCAUUGUCACAAUGGCAAAAUCUCGUGAGAGCAGCACCAAGACGAUAAUUGUGUCUCUCCACACGUCUAAUAGGGACUCUCCUUACCUGGAAGUUGGAUAUCAGUUUCACCUGGAAAACCUGACCCUGCAGAUCCUGAGAAGUAGGAAGGAGAAUGAGGGAUGGUACUUUAUUUCCCUGGAGGAAAAUGUGUCAGUCAAGCAGUAUUGUGUGGAGCUGAAGCUUUAUGAACAGGUCUCCACUCCAGAAAUUAAAGUUCUAAACAGAACCCAGGAGAGUGAGAAUGGGACCUGUCGCUUGAUGCUAGCCUGCAUGGUGGAAAAGGGGGACCAUGUGGUUUACAACUGGACUGAUGAGGGAGGCACCCACCUGGAGAGUCCCAACAAUAAUUCCCAUUUCCUAUACAUCACCAUUGGCCCCCAACAUGCUGACACUAUUUACAUCUGCAACGCGAGCAACCCUGUCAGCAAUGGCAUCAAGACCUUCAAUCCAUCAUAUUUGUGCAGGUCAGACUCCUCCGAAUCAAGACAAUGGACACUGUCUGCUGGACUGUUCUUAGGGGGCUUUGUGGGUUUCAUCACAAUUCUUAUCAUGGUUAUCCAACUUUUAAGGAGAAGAGGUAAAGCGAAUCAUUAUCAAUCACCAAUUAAGGAAGAAACUCUUACUAUCUAUGCCCAAGUCCAGCAACCAGGUGCAACAUCUGCAUCUCUUCCACAUCAGGAUCCCUGCACAACAAUCUAUAUGGCUGCCACAGAGCCUGUCCCUGAGUCUGUCCAGGAACCCAAUCUCAUCACAGUCUAUGCCAGUGUGACACUUCCAGAAAGCUGACACCAGAGACAUAGCCAAGAGACUUUCUGAAGAAAGAUGGAAGAACCAAAAUUAGUACUGAACGUGGCCCAGAUUCACAGGUUCUCAAGGCAGACACUCUGCACAUCUGUAUGCUUCUCAGAUCAACUCCUUGGUGAUGCAUCUCCACAUACACCUGUGAAAUGAGCAAGAAAGCAAGGCUUCCCAAAGCUUCUAUCUGUCCUUCAGCCAGCACAGACACAGAACAGAGAGCUCCUUGCUUGAUACAGUGAUCCAUCUUUGCAGUAUCUCAGAUGCAAUAAAUACUGGGGGUCCAGACUUCAGAACACCUCACUCUUGGCUAGAAGGGAUAAUAAAGGCCAAAGACAGAAAGUCAAGACAUCUCUUGCCUAUCUCAGACAUAUGGCCACUGGUCACCAAGUCUGAAAAAGUUUACAUUUUGACUGUCUGCGCUUUGUUCAGACAGCUGAGCCUGAUGACCUGUGGACCUGAUCAAGGCCCUGUGCCUCAGUUUCUCUCUCUGGACAAGGGUGAAGGGUGAAUUCUUUAUUAUAUGUAAAACACUGAUGUUAUUCUAUAAAAGAAGCUAAGAUAAUCAGUAUUUUAUCUGUAAAACUUAUACUAAACUGAAAAUGACUUUGGGGUUUGUAAGCUUCAAACAGUAGAAUGGAAGCUUGAAAAUAGAGAUUAAAAUAGAGAUUUGGGGAGCCUCAAAGGACUUUGUCCCAGAGAGAAUUUUCAGUUCUCAAAGUAUGUGCUGAAUGUUAGUUCUCUGUGGAUUCCCUGGCUGACAAACCUAGCGUCUUAGAUAAAACUCCAUCCUGGUUCUGAUCCUACUUCAUAUCCCAGAUCUUCUGUGGAGCUUCAGGCCAAGGCACUUCUUACUUCAAAUCACACUUCUCUGUAUGGAAUUUAUCUCCAUGUAAAAAAUUAAAUUAUUUUGACCCAA